CUCAUCCCGGUGGUCAUCCCAUUCCUCCCGACGACAUCUUCCAUAUAAAUACCGCCCCUCCCUCAUCCCAUCUCCUCAUCACCCCUCAUCUCAAUCUACUCGACGUACAAGAUGUCUGAAGAAAUAACUAUCGGUUCCUAUCUUCUUGAGAGAUUAGCCCAACUUGGCGUUACCUCCAUGUUUGGAGUCCCCGGUGACUUCAAUCUAGGAUUUCUCGACUUGGUAGAAGAUCACGAAAAGAUCGAGUGGAUCGGCAACUGUAACGAGUUGAACGCUGCUUAUGCUGCAGAUGGCUACGCUCGCGUCAAACAAAACAGCCUCGGGGUUGUGCUCACUACAUUCGGUGUCGGUGAACUGAGCGCCAUCAACGGUAUUGCGGGGGCUUUCUCUGAAAUGGUCCCCGUACUUCACAUUGCCGGUGUCCCGAGCACUUCGCAACAGAAGAACAAGCCAAUGUUGCAUCACACGUUGGGCGAUGGCAGAUACGAUGCGUACCUUGAGGUCUCCAAACAAUUCACUUGGUCUCAUGCUCGGCUCAUGGACAAGUUGAGCGCAGCCUCUGAGAUCGAUCGUAUUCUCACCGACUGUAUUACAGUGGCCCGCCCAGUCUACCUGAUGCUUCCCACCGAUCUUGUCUAUCAGAAGAUCCCGCGUGGUCAACUUGACACGCCUCUUGCGCCCAGGCCACCACAGAAUGAUCCGGAGGUCGAAGAAUUUGUACUCAAUGAGAUCAUCAAGCUCGUUGAGCAGGCAGGCUCCGACGUGAUCAUUCUCAUCGACGCCUGUGCGAUCCGGCACCGUGUGAAGGACGAGGCGUGGGAGCUUAUCGAGAAGACUGGGUUCCCCGUAUACUCGGCCCCGAUGGGAAAGACAGCAGUGUGGGAGGGCUACGAGCGAUACGGCGGUAUCUAUGUCGGCUCCAUCUCGCAUCCCGAGAUCAAGGAGAAAGUCGAAUCUGCUAAACUCAUUCUCUCCGUCGGUGGCCUCAAGUCCGAUUUCAACACCGGCAACUUCACUUACCGCAUCCCUCAAGUCUCUACUAUCGAGCUCCAUUCUGACCACACCAUGGUGCAAUACGCUCGCUUCGCUAACAUCGGGAUGAAGCAGCUACUGCCGAAGUUGACCGCGCGCUUGCAUCCAUUCUCAGACGACGCGCGAGCCCUCCAUGUGCCGCGCUUUAGCGCUGUGCUCCCCACGGAUGACCCGAUGGGUGAGAUCAUCUCGCAGGCUUGGCUCUGGCCGCGCAUGGCUGCUUUUUUCAAAGAGAAGGAUGUUAUCGUAUCCGAAACUGGCACAUCGAGCUUUGGCGUGCUUGACGUACCGCUGCCUCGUGACAGCAUAUUCGUGAGCCAAAUCCUGUGGGGGAGCAUUGGGUGGACUGUCGGGAGCACCCUUGGGGCUGCUCUUGCGGCGCGCGAUAUGCAGCUGGGCCGCACGAUCCUGUUCAUUGGUGAUGGGAGCUUGCAGCUGACGGUGCAGGAGCUUUCUACGAUGAUGCGCCUCAGGCUCAAGCCCAUCAUAUUCGUGCUCAAUAAUAGCGGUUAUACCAUCGAGCGCUGGCUUCACGGCAAAGUGCGCAAGUACAACGACAUCGUCAAUUGGAAAUGGACCGAGCUUUUGACUGUCUUUGCGCCUGCCGAUCUCAAGCCCGCACCCAAGUCAUACACUGUCCAUAACAAGACCGAGUUGUCCAACUUGUUAGACGACAAGACGUUCGCGGCGGCCGAGACGAUUCAGCUUGUCGAGGUCAUGAUGGACCAAUUCGAUGCGCCUCAGGCACUCCAAAGGCAAGCGGAGCUGAGUGGUAAGACGAACCAGUACGUUGGGGAUUACGUUUAGAGCUGUGGGUCUGCCUACUGUGUAUCAAGCUUGAGAUGUUGUGUUUGUGUCUUUUUUUGGCUCUGUAUCGGUAGGACAAUAGUAGAUCUUGUAUGAAAACCAGGAAGUAAAUACAGCCCCUUCACUCUGGUGUAGUUUUCCUUCGGCGACUUGGGGCAUGUGACUGUAGUAGUGACUUCUCGGCCCCAUCCCGACGUAUACAUAUGAGUGAGCAUGUAAAGGCCC